AUGGCGGGGAACUUCGAGAUGAGUGAUAUUGGCUUAUUAACCUAUUACUUAGGUAUUGAAGUAUUGCAGCACAAAGAUGGGAUAAUCUUGAGUCAAGAAAGAUAUGCAAAGAAGAUCCUUUGUGAAACCGGGAUGGAUGAAUGUAACGCAGUGCAGUCUCCGAUGGAAUUUGGGUUAAAGAUCUCUAAAGCAAACGAAGAAGAAGGCACAGAUGAGAAAGACUAUCAGCAAAGCAUAGGAUGUUUGCACGCGAUACCUAUUACACACUCGACCAGAUAUCGCCUUCUGUGUCGGCUUGUUAAGCAGCUACUGAAGUAUAGAGCUCUGGCCAGAUCUUUUGUACAAGUAGAAAUAAGAAGUGGAACUCCUACUUCUUUCUGGUUUGAUGAGUGGUCCCCCUUGGGGAGGAUAAUAGACCUCACCGAAAUGCAAGGUUGCAUCGCGCUUGGGAUCAAUCUCAACGCCACCGUCGAGUUUGUUAUUCAAAACUACCGGAGCCGCCGCUACAGAGCAGAACACUUGAUCACCAUUGAUAAGGAAAUCCUGAAGUUGAGAGCCCAGGGGCUUACAGAAGAGGACGAUGUGGUUAAGUGGAAAGGGAAAGGCAAUGUGUUUCGACCUUGUUUCGACAUACACCAAACUUGGAACUCUAUUCGAGUGCCGCAGUCAAAAGUUCAGUGGUAUAAGGGUCUCUGGUUUGCUGGAUCAACUCCAAAGUACUCUGUUAUGUCUUGGCUUGCUGUACAUAAUCGCCUGGCAACAGGAGAUAGGCUGCUGCUGUGGAACUCUCAGGCAAACGCUCAGUGUAUCCUCUGUAACUCUGCAGUCGAAUCCCGAAAUCAUCUUUUCUUUAGCUGCACCUUCACAGAGACUAUUUGGAGGAACCUUACAAGGAAGCUACUUGGACAGAACUACUCACACAUAUGGAGUCAAGUUCUUGAUCUUAUAUCAACACACACUGUCUCAGGGGAGACAAGGUUCCUCCUAAGAUACGCUUUUCAAGUUUCAGUGCACAGUAUUUGGCUAGAGAGAAAUGGUAGGAGACACGGCAAGGUUCAGAGACAUCCGAGCAUUCUUAUCAAGUUCAUCGACAAGCAAAUACGAAACCGAAUCAGUUCACUCCGGGGACGAGCUGGAACAUCUUUCAACAACGCGAUGGUGGUUUGGUUUUCGUCUAGAGAUUAG